GCGUAAACACAUAGGCAUAAGGGUUUGAAUCCGCUAGGUAGAAACAAAGGGAAGAAGCAGGCGGCAGUAGUUGUACAAGAAGGGAGUAUCGUUCAGCAUCAGCAUGGCGACCUCGCUGCUACCACGCUGGGCACCUACACCCAGCCAGUCACAGCCGCGGUGGGGUCCUUCAGCUGCCUCCCUCACAGGGGAGGUACAGCUGCUGGAACCAGCGACAUCCGAGGUGAAAGGCGCCAUGGGUAGCCGCCACGGAAUUCUUUCUGGGGUUGAAGGUAUUGAUCAUCGUGAAGGCCGACUGGAGGGCAUCCCUAGCGAUGGCGGCGUGUUCAUAACGUGGGAGGACGUGUGGGUGACGGCGGUCGACCGCAGGGCCACUAUUUUGCACGGCAUCAGCGGCAGCGCGCGCCCCGGCCAAGUGCUGGCCAUCAUGGGACCCUCCGGGUGUGGCAAGACUACACUGCUCGACACCUUGGCCGGGAGACUGGACAAGAACCUGAGAAGUAAAGGAGAUAUUCGGAUAAAUGGCCGGAGACAGAGGCUCGCCUUUGGAAUUUCGGCAUACGUGACGCAAGAGAACAUGCUGAUGGCCACACUCACGGUGCGUGAGGCCAUCUACUACUCGGCACAGAUCCAGCUGCCCGAUACCAUGCUGCUUGCAGAUAAGCUGGCCCGCGCCGACGAAGCCAUCCAGGAGAUGGGGCUCACCAGCACCCUAGAUACGCGCAUCGGCGGACACAAUACUAAGGGCAUCAGUGGCGGGCAGCGGAAGCGUCUGAGCAUCUGCCUCGAGAUCCUCACGAGGCCGCGGCUGCUAUUCCUGGACGAGCCUACCAGCGGGCUAGACAGCGCUGCCUCCUUCCAUGUGAUGAACCGCACAGCUGACCUCGCUGCCAGGGAGGGCAUGACCAUCGUUGCCGUAGUGCACCAGCCAUGCAACGAGGUGUUCGAGAUCUUUCAUGGCCUUUGCUUGCUUGCCUCUGGACGGACAAUUUACUUUGGCCCGGCCACCAAUGCCAAUGAGUUCUUCUCAUCAAAUGGCUACCCUUGCCCACCAAUGAGAAAUCCUUCAGAUCAUUUCCUGAGGACAAUCAACAGAGAUUUUGAAUUGGAAAGUGGAGAAAGAACAAUAUCGUCCAAGCCAUCUCCAGCAGAUGAAGCAAUACAAGUUCUGGUAAAUGCCUACAAAUCCUCCAAUACUUCUGAAAAUGCCAAAAAGGAAAUGCAAGACAUAAAUGAAAUGGGUGGAGUGAUGAUCAGAAGAAACCAAGCUAGUUUCCUGACAAAGGUGUUUGUACUCACCAGAAGAUCGUUUGUGAACAUGUAUAGAGACGUCGGAUACUACUGGCUACGUCUUGGCAUCUAUAUUUCCAUUAGUCUAUGCCUUGGUACCAUAUAUUACAAUUUUGGCUAUGGAUACGAUUCCAUCCGUUCUAGAUCAUCAAUGCUAAUGUUCACCAGUGGCCUUCUAACAUUAAUGGCAAUUGGAGGAUUCCCUUCCUUUGUGGAGGAAAUGAAGGUAUCAACCUUUUUUGUUUAACUGUAUACAUAUGGAACAAAUUUUGUUCACGAAGAAAAUAGGAAAACACUUAUGGUUAAGUAAAUUUGACUAUGCAAAAACAUGACA